UCUCCCACAGCCAAUCAGCGACCGCUCCCAGGGAGACAAAGGCGACGAAUCAGUGGUGACGUGACGCAGCCUAUAUAAGGCGGGUGGCGGGCGCAGACAUACGUUAUUGCUCGCCUUGUCGGUUGUGUUCGCUGUGCGCUCCGGGAUUGUUCGUGUACAUUCCUAAACAAUGGCCCGUACAAAGCAGACCGCUCGUAAGUCAACUGGAGGAAAGGCUCCUAGGAAGCAGCUGGCCACCAAAGCGGCCAGGAAAAGCGCCCCAUCAACUGGAGGUGUCAAGAAGCCUCACAGAUACAGGCCUGGUACUGUGGCUUUGAGAGAAAUCAGGAGGUAUCAGAAGUCUACUGAGCUGCUGAUCCGCAAGCUUCCCUUCCAGCGUCUUGUUAGGGAGAUCGCUCAAGACUUCAAGACAGACCUGAGGUUCCAGAGUGCGGCCAUUGGUGCCCUGCAGGAAGCAAGUGAGGCAUACUUGGUGGGUCUCUUUGAGGACACCAACCUGUGCGCCAUCCAUGCAAAAAGAGUAACCAUUAUGCCUAAGGACAUCCAGCUAGCAAGAAGAAUCCGUGGAGAACGUGCUUAAUUUUUGCGGGAGAUUUGUUUUUGAUCUUUAGAGUUUUUUUUUUACAAACUGUACAUAAGUGUGAUGUCUCUUUAUUUUAUAAAGGGUUUGUUAACUGUAGAGUAGUUGACAGUAAAUGGGUAGUACACAUUUUAUAUGACAUUCCCUUAAUCCUCAGGUUUUUCAGAAAAAUUUGUAUCUACAACUAGUCUUCUGUGACCCUCCCCACUUCAGAGUUUGCAUGCCUCAGCUCAGUUCUCUCCAUAUUUUGGUAUCUUAAGUGUAACUCCAUUGUAAAUAAACUUUCCACUACCUCAAUGGUCUUGCUGUCUUCAGAUUAACAUAUGGGUCAAAGCAAACAAGUACAUCCAUUACCAUGUCAGUGGUUUAUUCUGGAAUUAUCAGGAUCCAAGGCUCUUGACUCUGUGGUAACAGCCAGCAUGGCAAAGGUAGCUUGUGGUUUACAAUAUAGAACAUCUCAUGUUAAGGCAAGUAAAUACAUGUGGUGGCUUCUCCUGGUCACUAUCUGGGUCUGGACUAAGUAGUACACAAUGUGGUAGAUGUAUUGGAGGCAGCUUGUUGUAGAAUUUGUACCUGGGAUUAUGCCAGAAGGGAUUUGGAGGCUUCUGGACAGUGCUCUAAAUUACAAUGCUCUGACGUGUGCGGACCCUUAUUUUUCUUACCAGCAGGUUGGGUGGGUAAUAUGGGGUUGAUCAGUUUCCCUAUAUGUAAUUUUAGGGCAAACAAUGUAAUGGUACAGCCGUGUUAAUAAAUGCAAGUGUCAACACAUAAAGAUCUUCAAGCUUUGUUACUAGAGAUUUAAGUGGUGUGAGAUGUGAUCUGCAAUCUGUUUUUCCUCUACUAUAAGCAAAUGUUCUCAAGACUUUUAAUUAAAAUAAAUCUGCUUGCCUAAACCUU